AUGCCGGAAAUCGGAAGCAAUAGCCGCAGUGGCGAUGCUACGCGUUUGAUAAUUCACUUCGAGGAUUUGAAACGGCAGGAUGUCAGUGUGGUUGGCGGCAAAAAUGCCUCCAUUGGUGAGAUGAUUGGUACUCUAGCGGGGGAAGGAAUCGCCGUACCCACGGGGUUUGCGACGACUUCACAUGCAUAUUGGCAAUACGUGAAGAAAAAUGGAAUACAAGAGAGGAUGGCGUCGUUGAUCGCAGACUGGCAAUCGGGAAAAGCCUCCCUGGCUGGCACCGGUCAUGACGUGCGCGGUCUGUUUCUCCGAGGCACCUGGCCCAACAAUAUUGCGAAUGAAAUCACGAACUUCUAUCGCGAGAUGGAGACUAAAACGGGGAUCAAGAACUUGAGCGUCGCCGUUCGGUCAAGCGCGACAGCAGAGGACUUGCCGGAGGCGAGUUUCGCUGGCCAACAAGAGUCUUAUCUGAAUAUAUCAGGGGUGGCUGCACUGCUAGACGCUUGUAAGCGGUGCUAUUCCUCGCUUUUUACAGAUCGUGCCAUGGGCUAUCGUCAGGGUAAAGGGUUCGAUCACCUGCGUAUCGCGCUCUCAAUUGGGAUCCAGCGUAUGGUUCGCUCUGAUCUUAGUGGGUCUGGCAUCAUGUUCUCCAUCGAUACAGAGAGUGGAUUCGACAAGACUGUUCUCAUCAACGCAGCCUGGGGAUUGGGGGAGAAUAUAGUACAAGGCGCUGUCAACCCUGACGAGUACCGAGUUUUCAAACCGCUAUUGAAUGAGACAAAUCUCGUUCCCAUCAUAGAAAAGAAGCGUGGCGACAAGUCAAUGAAGAUGAUUUACGACAAUGAAGGAGAUGAGCCAACGCGCAAUGUACCAACCUCGAGAGCUGAACAAACUGCGUUUACACUCGAAGAUCAGGAAAUCCUCCAGUUGGGUAGAUGGGGUUGUGUAAUUGAGAAGCACUAUGGAACUCCAAUGGACAUAGAGUGGGCUAAAGAUGGCCUCACAAAUGAAAUGUUCAUCGUUCAGGCUCGGGCAGAAACAGUUCAAUCGCGCCGUGAUACUGGGCUGUUCAAGACAUACGAGGUCAGCAAAAAGGGUCUGCUUCUGACAACCGGUUUGUCUAUUGGAGACGCGGCAGUCUCUGGCCGACUUUGCUUGAUUGAAAACAAACAGAACCUUGACAAUUUUGUUCCUGGUUCGAUUUUAGUAGCGAAGGCAACAGACCCAGAUUGGGGUCCCCUCAUGAAGCAGGCAGCGGCAAUCAUCACGGACCAAGGGGGACGGACUUCACAUGCUGCCAUUGUCAGUCGUGAACUUGGUCUUCCGGCUGUCGUGGGAACAGAAAACGCAACCUAUCUUCUACAUUCUGGCCAAGACGUGACAGUCUCUUGUGCUGAAGGUGACCGUGGUUUCGUCUAUGAGGGAACCUCCAGCAUCACUUCUCGGACGCUGGAUAUGGACAGUCUACCCCCAGUAGACACAGACAUCAUGAUCAACCUCGCGAACCCCCAAGCAGCGUAUCGUUGGUGGCGACUACCAGUUGACGGAAUUGGUCUAGUCCGCAUGGAAUUCGUUGUUAGCAACGAUAUUCGGAUCCAUCCUAUGGCACUCGUCCAUUUCGAUCGACUCAAGGACAGCAAAGCCAAAGAAGAAAUUUUGGAACUUACGGCGGGAUACAACCACAAGCCCGACUACUUCACUGAAAAACUAUCGCGUGGUUUUGCGGCCCUCUGUGCAACCGUCUUUCCUAAGCCAGCGGUCAUCCGAUUCAGUGAUUUCAAAACCAACGAGUACUCUGACCUCAUUGGGGGCUCUGAAUUUGAGCCGGACGAGGAGAACCCAAUGCUCGGCUUCCGUGGCGCCUCACGUUACUAUUCACCACGGUAUAAAGAAGGUUUCGCUCUAGAGUGCCGCGCGAUCAAACGGUUGCGCGAAGAAAUGGGAUUUCAUAACGCUAUUGUGAUGGUCCCUUUCUGCCGCACAGUCACUGAAGCAGAAGAAGUCCUUAAAGUCAUGGCUAAGAACGGGCUCCAGCGGGGCGAGAAUGGCCUCCAGGUCUAUGUCAUGUGUGAAAUACCAUCCAACGUGAUCUUAGCUGCUGAAUUUGCUCAGCACUUCGAUGGCUUCUCGAUCGGUUCCAAUGACUUGACCCAGUUGAUCCUCGGGGUGGACCGUGACUCAACCGAUCUGGCCGACCUCUUCAAUGAGCAAGAUGAGGCUGUUAAACGCAUGAUUGCGCAGGUCAUCCAUGUGGCUUGUGAAAAAGGUUGCAAGAUCGGCAUCUGCGGGCAGGCGCCCAGCGAUCAUCCUGAAUUUGCUGCUUUCUUGGUCAAUUCCGGCAUUGAUUCUAUCUCUGUCAGCCCUGAUAGCUUUGUCGCGGUGAGGAAUGUCAUCGCAUCGGGGAAGAGUCAAAAAUAG